AUGAAGUCGCAGAGCCUGCCCCUCUCCGUCACCCUGAGAGAUCUCGCUCUCUUAAGAGCAUCAGACGUCGACUUUUCAUCCAUUCUUGACGCUGAAAAUGUGGAUGGCACGCAUCAAGAGUCGCUCCAACGCUCCCAAGAGUUUAUCAAAGAAGCGCGUAGUGCGCUCAGACUUGCCAACAACGAGAGUAUAGAGCAACAGGGAGCACGAAUAGAGGAGAUUCGUGCAUUAGGCGAACAGACAUUGGCUGCAUUGGAGAAUCCUGAGAAGACAAAUGAGCGAAAUCCGCAGACUAAGAAGAAUAAAACAUGGGAGGGCGACGGUUUCCUUCGAUUCCAAGGCGACUGGUGCCAGCUCUUGGACGCAGAUGGCAAACCUAUGGGAAGUGGCAAAAGUUCACUAGGACGGCCUCUUAGAGAGACAGACGAACUACACGUAGCAGGAAAAGACGUUCUAAUCGAUUGUUCGAGCACGCGAGCCGAGUGGGACAAAUUGUCGGCAGCUCCGUUCAAGGGAGGUUAUCUUGCAGAGUCAACGACUGCGGGGGCGUCGACUUCCAAACCGACUCCUUCGAUUCCAAACGCUUCGAGUGCCUCACGGUCCUUCGUCCCGCUACGACCGCUGAACGCGAAACCAAAGCCAUCUGAUGCGUUGUUCAAAGUUCCAAAUCAGGCACAAUCACUUGCUACGCGACAAUAUCCCCCGUCAAAGAGUACAAUUCCAGUGCAGGAUCUAUUCGACAAUGAAGAUAUUCCCGCACCCCGUGUUCAUCCCCCGUCCAGUUCACUGGAGACCAAGGUGGAAGAAUCCAUUGAAGCUGUGUGGGAAGCCGUUUGGCGCAAGAGUAGCACCAAGAAGAACAAACACUGGGACGGUGACGGGAUAGUCCAUCAAAAAGGAACUUCUAUCCGUUUCCUGUCAGAGAAUGGAAAGAAAGUUUAUGGGACUAAAGCAUGGGAUAGUGUGCUGGUGGAAGGAUCGACCUUGUGGUUUGGUGAGAGAGAGGUUCUGCUCGGAGCAAAAGCUCCUCUAUCUCGAUUGGAAGGUGGAAAGGCGGUGACCGUCAUUGAUCUAUCCGAGAGUGAGGAUAUAGUACCAUCAGUAUCUAAGCCGAUACCCCAGCUCCGCAAAUUCAUCGCGCCUGCUAUCGUCAAGCACGUCCAAAGACAAGAAGAUGUGAAGCCCAAACCAAAGGCAGAAGGACCUUUGUUCGAUCCGACUGCAGAGGGUGCUAUAGUCAUGAAGCCUCCGACAGCGUGGCAUCAGCAAAAAUUCAAUCCAAAGAACCGCUCCGUAGUUCCUGUCGUCAUAGACCCACUGAUAGCGGCCAAACUGCGACCUCACCAGGUUCAAGGCGUAAAGUUUAUGUACGAGUGCGUCAUGGGAAUGCGAGCACACGAAGGUCAAGUCUAA